AAAAUGUCUUCAAUUCCAAGCUUAUUCGGUGGCCAUAGGAGCAACAUCUUUGGCCCAUUUUCACUCGACAUAUUCGACCCAAUUUCCUCUGCUAGUGAAACGUUUGCUUUUGCAAAUGCAAGAAUCGAUUGGAAAGAAACCCCAGAAGCCCAUGUAUUAAAAGUGGAUGUUCUAGUAAAGAAAGAGGAAGUAGAAGAAGGAAGAAUAUUACAGAUAAGUGGUGAGAGAAGCAGAGAACAAGAAGAGAAGAACGAUCAAUGGCACCGUAUGGAAAGGAGUAGUGGCAAGUUUCUAAGAAGAUUCAGGUUGCCUGAGAAUGUUAAAAUGGGAGAAAUUAAGGCAGCAAUGGAGAAUGGAGUGCUUACUGUGACUGUUCCGAAAGAAGAAGAGAAGAAACCUGAAGUGAAGGCUAUUGCUAUCUCUGGUUAAA